AUGGGAUUCCCAGAACGAGACGCAGUCGCGGGGGAAGAUGACGAGGAAGCGCAAAGAGUGGCGAAUUCAGGCGCGGCGAGCAAACCGAAGAAGGUCGCGACGAAGAAUAAAGCGAAACCGGAGGGAGCGGAGAAGGUAGCGGGGGAGGAAUCUGGGGAAGGAGCGGAGGAGGAUGACGCGCUGCUGACGAAGAAGCCGUCGAAACGGCAACAGUUGAUGCAGCACUUACAAUCCCCCGUUUUUAUCACCCGGCUAGUUAUGAUGGCGUUUCUGGUGAUAGUGGUGGUGGUGCUCACAGUCGGCACGUGGUUCGCCGCCAGAACUGCCUACAGCCAAUCGCUCGACGCCGUCGCCCUUCAGCUGCGCGAGAAGACCCUAGUGGGCGUGCAGGAGCAGUUCCUGCUGUACAUAAACCGCGACCGCGACGUGCUCGUGUCGCUCUCCUCUGUGCUCGAAACCACCUUUCAGCAGCUGCGCACGUGGAACCUAACCCUUAACGAUAACCUCAGACUGGUCCGUCCGCUACUCUGGUCGUUCUUCAAGAGCUCACUCCCACACAUCACCACUCUCGGCUACUACAGCAUGACCGGCCCAUUUGUAACAUACGCACAGUACGAUCUGGCAAAACAGUCCUUCGCCUCGCAGGACGGAUCUCUCUCAAUGGUCUAUUCCAAAAACGUUCUCCCCAACUCCACCGCCCCCUGGUUCAUCCUGCCCAUAAACUCCUCCUCCGGGCUGCCCGCAAACAACACCCCGACGCCGUUCAAGCCGCUGCGGCUGGGGUCAACGGAGCUGUACCAGCAGAUCGAGCGGGGGGAGGAGAAUCUCCUGUGGACGUUCAACGCAAUUCAGGACCUGUCCGGCCCGAUGCUUGUCGCCAGCUCGGCUGUGCACAGCCCGGGGGUGACUCCCCCUGUGGGCGUGCUCAUUCUGGGGUCUUCCGUGGGCAUAGUGAACCGGUUUCUCCUGCAGGACACAAUAGAGGGCUGCGUGAUGUACAUCGGGAGCUCUGAGGGGUUCCUGGUGGCUACGUCGACAGGGGUAGCUACAUCCACUCCAACUGGGGAGGGGCGGCUGCAGCAGUUUGUGAAUGCGACUGAUGUGGAGGAUGCGACAAUUGCAGGCGUGGCGCGGUAUUUGGAGCGGGAGUUUGGGCUGCCGGCGCUGGUGGCGGGGAAUUAUAGUCUGAGCAAUGUGGAUGUGGUGGGGCGCGCGUGGUAUGUCAGCAGCAUGGGCUUCGCCGUUGAUAACCUGAAGCUGUAUCUGGUGAUCAUCCUGCCACGCACGUCCAUCAUGGGUACAGUGGAUCACGAGAUGGAGACAAUGAUCAUCGUGACAUCCUGCGUGGCGGUGGGGCUGCUGCUGCUGGGGUGGGUGGUGGUGAUCUUCCUCACGCUCUACGUGGACACGCGCAUGCGCCCCAAGGAGGAGCUGCAGCGCCAGAAGGAGGAGACGCAGCGAGCCCAGGCCGCCUCUGAGGUCAAGAGUCAAUUUCUGGCGAACAUCUCCCACGACCUGCGGACGCCCAUGGCCGGCAUCCUGGGUCUGCUAGACAUCAUGCUGUGCGACCAUCUAACAGCCGAACAAGAAGCCAACCUGAGGCAGAUGAAGUCGUGCUGCGCCUCCCUGCUGGGGCUGCUGAACAACCUGCUGGACCUGGCCAAGGUGGAGGCGGGCCGCAUGCAGCUGGAGGUGUUGGAGUUUGACAUUGUGGGCGAGCUCGAGUCACUGGUCGACAUGUUCAGCGUGCAGGGAUUGAGCAAUGGGACAGAAAUCGCGCUUGACUUGUCGGAUGACAUUGAAAGGACUGUGAAGGGAGACCCGUCCAGGGUCAGACAGGUGUUUGCGAAUCUGCUGAGCAACGCGUGCAAGUUCACGCGGAACGGGCAGGUCAUUGUGAGGGGGUGGAUGAGACACAACCCGCCACCCCACCUCCGCGACUCAGACCUGUCCAUCCCAGGGGAGAAGAAGCGCAGCGGCCACGGUCCCAGUGUGGACGCGGACGGCACGCCAGCUUCCGCCACCACCAGCGCUGCCACCGACGCUGCAGGCAGCACAGAGGGUGACACUGACACUUCAGCAGCAGCAGGCGCAGCAUCAGCAGCAGGGGGAGCAGGAGGGGGUGCAGGUGCAGCAGGGGGGGCGGGUGCGGGGGGGAAGGAGGGGGGUCGGGAGAGGCGGAUGGUGACGUUUAUGUUUGAGGUGGAUGAUUCGGGGCCGGGCAUCCCCACGCACAAGAGGCAGCUCGUCUUUGAAAACUUCCAGCAGGCCGAUGCUUCGACUAACCGCACCCAUGGCGGCACGGGGCUGGGGCUGGGCAUCGUCAAAUCCCUGGUGCAACUCAUGGGCGGGCACAUAGCCGUCGUGGACAAAGAGGGCCAACAUGGCGUGCAACUGAUGGGCGAGCACAUAGCAGUUGUGGACAAGGAGUGCUCUUCAUGGAAACGGGCGGAGUCUGGUCACACCAUGGUUUCGCCUCCUUCCACUCCCUCCCCCUUUCCGCAGGUGCAACUGAUGGGAGGGCAUAUAGCGGUGGUGGACAAGGAGGGGGCGGGAGCACGGUUCCGGUUUGACCUGUGCUUUGAGGCGCUGGACCACAGCAGCGUGUGGAAGAACAGCAUGCUGCAGCCCGAGUUCCUCCUCCCCAAGCUCACCACCGUCGAGGGCGGCCAAGUCCUCCUUGCCAUGCGCGAGGAAUCCGCCGGCGCUGCCAUCGCCUGCGCGUGGCUGGAGCGACGGAAGCUGCACGUGUGGCGGGCCACGCAGUGGGGCGAUAUCAUGCCGGCCGUCUCGUCUAUGCUUGUUCACCGAGCGUCGGAUAGAGCAGGGCUGCAGCCGAGGGUGUCGAGGUCUAUGGUGGGGUUUUCCGCGCCGCUGGCUCGGUCGUUUCAGCCGGGAGGGGCUGGGGCGAACGGGAGGGGCGGUGCAGGUGCGGGAGCGGGGAGGGACGGGGUGUUUAGUCCGAUUCCGGAGCAGAAUCAGAGCCAAGGGGCGUCGUUUAGGGACGGGGGAGGCUCGGCCAGCCCUGCUGCCGGUCCUGCUGGUCAUCGCCCCACCACCCCGAGAGAUCGUGUUCCUCCGAGCCAGCCCUACGCCUCAGGCUCGGUAAAUAGUGGUGCCUCGGUAGCAAGUCCAGCCGCUGCAGCAGGGAGCAGCGCAGGUCUGGGCCGAGCCAUGUCUCCAGCGUCGUCGUUUUCUCGAAGCUCCUUCAACGAGCACGGUAGGGUAAAUAGCCCCGGAAUGGUCGGGGACGACGGCGCAGGUACCGCCGGCAGGAACAGCUUCGGAUCCGCCAACUCCCGGCUCGUCCUCGCGAUAAUCGAUGUUUCCCUCGUCCCGAACCUGUACCAGUUCAUAGCAGAAGAGCUACAUAUCUUCAGGGCCAGGCUGCAGCACCAGGGGUUUGUGAUCGCGUGGCUCGUGGAGCACAACACGUCGGCGGAUACCAGGCGGUCGCUGCGUCGGUCGGGGUGUGCUGUGGCGUCCAAGCCUCUGUAUGCUUCCCGCAUGGCACCGCUGCUUGCGCUGGCGACGGCGAGGAAUGGUGUGGCGCACUCGAGUUCGAGUAUUGACAUGCCGCCGCUGCCGAGUGCAGGGGUAGGGAGGAGGGAGCAAGGGGGAGGGGGAGGCGGAGGGGGAGGCGGAGGAGGGGGUGGUGGGGGAGGUGCGGGGCCACACUGGCAUGGAGAGGACUCGAGCUGGUCGCUCCCCCCACCAGUGGAGGAGGAGGACGGGGCAGUGGACAAACAGGCGCCCGCCACGUCAGCAGCGGGAUCCCGCAGGGCGCUGCCGUCCCCGGCGUCGCUGGCAGCAGCAGCGGGCGGCAUAUCCCCCUCUGCGAGACUCAUGGCACGCGGGGGCGUGGGGGGAGGGGGAGGCGGAGCAGGGGGAGGGGCAGGGGGGUUGGGAGGAGGAGGAGCGGUGGGGUCGCCAGGAGCUGCAGCUGCUGGUGGGGGAGGGGAAGGGCCGAGGGUGGCAGCAGGGGUGGGAGGGGCGAGUGAUAGUCCGAGGGAUGGUGGCAGUGGCAAGGGGUCGACACACAGAGUGGGCCGCGCUCGAAAAACAGGAGUUCUCUGGUGGUGGAACACUGUGUGUGCGUGUGCUUGCGUGUGUCUCUCUCCCCGCCAAGUUCUUUUUCCCCUUCAUCCUCUUUCCUCUUUUUUCCCUUCAUCCUCUUUCCUCUUUUUUCCAUUCAUCCUCUUUCCUCUUUUUUCCAUUCAUCCUCUUUCCUCUUUUUCCCCUUCAUCCUCUUUCCUCUUUUUUCCCUUCAUCCUCUUUCCUCUUUUUCCCCUUUAUCCUCUUUCCUCUUUUUUCCCUUCAUCCUCUUUCCUCUUUUUCCCCUUCAUCCUCUUUCCUCUUUUUUCCCUUCAUCCUCUUACCUCUUUUUUCCCUUCAUCCUCUUUCCUCUUUUUUCCCUGGCCCCCUGCUGCUACGCUGCAGCAUUCACCGGGGGCAGCAGGGGAGGGCAACUUUGAGACAGCACUGGCAGGGAAGCGUGUGCUCAUUGCAGAGGACACAGCAUUGCUGCGCAAGGUGAGUGGGAUGGUGGCCAGGGGGGCGGGUGGGCAGUCAAAGGGGCGUAUUGUAUACGGGUUUGAGACAGCGCUGGCGGGCGAGCGCGUGCUCAUUGCUGAUGACACGGCGCUGCUGCGCAAGGUGGCGAUAAUCCGAAUGCAGAAGCUGGGGUGCGAGGUGGAGGCGGUGUGUGACGGGCAGCAGGCAGUGGACGCCAUUCUCGCCACCUACGCUGCCAGAGACACCCAGGGAGAUGCCGCCACGCACUUCGAUGCUGUGCUCAUGGACUGCCAGAUGCCGGUGCUAGAUGGUUACGGGGCGACAGCAGCCAUCAGGGCAGCGGAGGCAGGCACGCGGUUCCACACACCCAUAGUGGCGCUCACAGCCCACGCCAUGACCAGCGACGAGAAGAAGUGCCUCGAUGCGGGCAUGGACGCGUACCUCACCAAGCCCAUCGACCCCGCCCUCAUGGCGCACACACUGCUCUCCCUCAUGACCCGCUACCCGCUCUGCUGCGUUCCUCACAUUGAGAGCAUUGCGGAGGGUGAGGAGGGGAGUGUAGCAGUUGACGUUGCAGGUACAUCUGACGCCUCUGCUGCUGGGGAAGGGGUAGGCGCAUCUGGUUCUGCUCUUGGGGAGCGGCCGGUGUCUCCUGCUGCGGCUCUGGUGGUGACCAUGCAGCCGUAA